AUGAUCUCGCUUGUCGCAUCCCUGGUUUUGUUUGGCAUGAUGGCUGCUGUGCGGCGUCCCUUCGAAGCUCAUCUGUUUGCAUACGGCCAACGUCAACCGACCAACCCUGAUCCAACGUCACCCCCCUCUCGAAGGCUGUCUGAGGAUCGUGCUGCGACCGAGAAGCUGGUUCCCAAGGGCGGAAUGCCUGGAGACGAUUACACUAGGAGCACGUCGCUGUUUACGAACGCGGAUGUCGAGACGUUAGAUCUGAACUCUAGCAGGCCAGCUUCGAUCGUACAGUCGUCGUCGCCAUCACGCGAUCAAGCAGGCCUGGGCGCCUUUACCUCGCCUUUUGCUCCACCGUCACUUCCUCCUGCUUUCACAAGCCCUUCGCUUCAGCUCCAGGCACCCGUCUCGGUUCCGUUUGCGCACCGCCGCUGCCUAUCACUUACGCCCCGCACCGAUGCGCUUCUCGCACCCGCAGCAUACGCGCCUUACUCGAUACCCAUCGAGUUCUCCGCAUCUGCACAACGAGCAGUAUACCCGGACACGGCCUCUCCAUACCGAUCCAUAAGCACAUGCCGAUCCCAACCUCACCUCCGCAGCAUGAGUAGUUUCUCCAACCGACACCGGUACUCACGCUCCUCUGUUUCGCUGUCCCGUCCCCAUCGGUUGAGCUCCUUGACACCAGUACCUCAUCUGGGAUGCAGCUCGGGCAGCGACACCCUGAAGUCCUCUGAAGGCAUCUCGGAGACGGGAGAAAGCCCCAACGGGGAGUCCGUUGCUUCAUCGACGGGGACGAGAGCAACUGCUGCCGAAAUUGUCCAUGCGAUUGCAAGCAACACCCCCAUCCCUGGCACCGACGGACCCAGCCAGCGCAAGCACUGGCGCACCGUCAGCGCACCCGACGCGACAGCGGGCGCUCAGCAGGUAGCCUCGGGCACGCGCAUGGCGAUGGGGUGGAAGCCCGACCUCGGAAAGUCAAAGACGGCCGUGCACAAGCCGCCGCCCCUCAGCUUCAACAAGCUCAUGCGCUCCGCGUCGGCAGAGUUGCUCGGGCGCUUUGGGCCCAUGGCGGACCGCGCCGCCGGUGACGCGGAGAUGAAGUGGAAGCGCGAGUUUGAAGUCGAGGUCGAGACGCGGUUGAACGCCAUGCAUCUCCUGCCCUUUUCCGACGGCAGGAAGAGUCUGAGCGCCGGUGGCUCCGAGACGGAGACGUUGCGCGAGUCGUACGAUGCUGGGAGUCUCGAGGACGAGGCGCGGUUUGAGGACGCAAAGGAGGUUCUUUCUGUUCGGCCCGUGAGUCGGGACAUUGCUUUUGUAUAG